AGCGAGAGCAGGAGAUCCCAGUGAGAGAGCUGCAGAGAGAGAGGGAGGGAGAGAGAGGCUGCAUGUGAGAAGCAGCGUGAGCGAGUAGAAGCAGAAUAGCAUUCAGCUCCUGUUCACCACAGAAGACGACUCAACAACUUAACGACACUCUCCUGGAAAGCUGAAAACACACGGAGCCUCUUCAGUCUGCUGAUGGGAGAGAGAAAAGAAGUUUGCUUUCCUCCUCCUUUUCCUUCUGCUUCUUUUUUAGUUUUUUCCUUUUUGGAAAGUGACAAGAUGUGGAAAUGUGCAGAGUGAAUGAUCAAGGUCUGUGAAGGAAGGAGAUCUGUGUUUAUUCAUGAAGGAUUUGAAGAGUGACUGACAUUUUCCACUGAGGGCUUAUGCAAGCACAAGGAGGAAAAAUGUAAGGAAUAUUUAAUUCUCUGGAGGUCUGACAUUGUUCUUAGUUACAGCGAACAAAGAAUACUUUCUUACUAUGAGUCAAGAAAUGCAAGUGAAGGAAGGAAGGAGACUGGAAAGUUAGUGACACAUACUCACACAUGUCAGAUAUCAUCAUGUUCAUCAUCCAUGUCUGUCGGCUGCCGACGCACUCUCACAGGUGCAGGGAUGAGUUGAGACGAGAGAGCGAGGACGCUUGAAGAUUUCCACACACAUUAGGAAACACACACGUGCAGCAUAAUGACAUCUGUGCAGGAGUGUCAGUUAGGAUAAACAAACUCUGAACAUUCACACGUCAGUCAGGGUUUGUGUCAAACUGAUAACACCAGUAUUCCAAGGCUGGAGGUUUUUUUUAUUUGUUUGUCUCCUUAAAGAUCAUACAUUAAAGACUGAAAAGAAACAAAGUUACUGAAUAACUGCUUCAACCAGGCAAUGAAAUUCUGAUUUGUAACAUUCCCGACUUCACAUGGACCUGAUAUUUUUAACAUGAACACAGCCUUGACUUCAAACUCUAAACAGGAGAAACCUGCAACUGCCAUCGCACCAGCUUUGAGUGGAUUCUAUAAUAAGAAGAGAAGUUAUUUUUUUCUAAAUCACUGAAGAUAUGGGAGUCAAAACAACUCCGUUCUGUUUGGGAUAUUUUGGGCAACGGAAUACUUUUGUUUCUUUGUUUUCACAGAGCCAGAUGACGGACUGUGGGCACAGGGAGGUUAUUAACCAAGCGAGAUAUCAUUUUUAAGCGUUCGGCAUUGUCCUGUGAGAUCAAACAGCUGCUCUUCUGGUUGCGCUGAAUUCAGCAGAAUGCUAUUUUUGUUUCCCCGUUGUGGAGAUGAUUUGUUGAUCCUCUGACAGUCAAUUCAGGGAUUUUUCUUCUUUUUUUUAUUUGACAUGAUGGAGCAAAGAAGUGGUAAACCAUAUUGAAUUACAGGUUAAUUGCUAGAGUGAUGAACGGUGUUGUAUUUAUAAUAUUCAGAGCAACGGGAAUGGAAAACAAGUGAGCGAUGAACAGACUUUCCUCUUUUCUCCGCCACUCUGACCCACUUUCCAGGCAGCGGUCCUGAGCAUUUAUCGAGCUGACACCAUGAACCUGCAUGGUGGCAAUGUGUCACAGUUGAUCUCUAACACUGUCACAGCCGUUACCACUCUGGGGUCUAACCCCUGGCCUCCACACGAGGAAGGUGGCCUCCAAAGUGGCAAUGCCACGAACCUGGGCUGCCAGAGGAACAAUGUGGUUCAUAAUGGCAAUGACGCACAGCUGGGGAACUGGUCUCACCAUAACGUGGCGGGAGUCUACGGGUCUCAGUGCCCUCCCUUGGAGCAGCUGAUGCAGAAAAACUGGGCAGCCCUGCUGAUUUUAGUGGUCAUCGCUGUCACGGUCAUGGGCAACAUCCUGGUGAUCCUGGCCGUCUCCCUGGAGAAGAAGCUGCAGAACGCCACAAACUAUUUCUUGAUGUCACUGGCAGUAGCUGACAUGCUUCUCGGCAUCUUGGUCAUGCCGGUUUCCAUGGUGACCAUUCUCUAUGAUUACGGCUGGCCCCUGCCCUCUGAUCUUUGCCCCAUCUGGAUCUAUCUGGACGUCCUGUUCUCCACAGCAUCCAUCAUGCACCUUUGUGCCAUCUCUCUGGAUAGAUACAUCGCCAUACGCAACCCAAUCCACCACAGCCGCUUCAAUUCUCACACCAAGGCCCGCAUCAAGAUCAUGGCAGUGUGGACCAUUUCAGUGGGGAUCUCAAUGCCGGUUCCUGUGUUCGGUCUCAGAGACCACUCCAAGGUCUUCAAAGAUGGCAGCUGUCAGCUGACAGAUAACAAUUUCGUGCUGGUCGGCUCCUUCGUGGCCUUCUUCAUCCCCCUCACCAUCAUGGUCGUCACCUAUUUCCUGACCAUCAACGCCCUGCAGAACGAAGCCACCCUCUGCUUGGACCAGCUGGUCCCACGGCCCAAAUGGAGCACUACCUUCACCUUGAGCUUCUUUCCACAAACGUCUUUGUCCUCCGAGAAACUCCUCAGGCGAUCGAUCAGCCGUGACACCACAGGCAGAGGGAGCACCGGCGGGCUGGGUGGCGCCCGUGGGAGCAUAUCUGGCUCUCUCUUUGGGCGCCGCACCAUGCAGUCGAUCAGCAACGAGCAGAAGGCUUCAAAGGUCCUUGGGGUGGUGUUUUUUCUCUUUGUGGUUAUGUGGUGCCCGUUUUUCAUCACCAACGUGCUGGUGGUGGUGUGUGAACCUGACGUUUGCGACCCGGGAGUCAUGGGAGGUCUGCUGAAUGUUUUCGUCUGGGUAGGCUACUUGUCCUCUGCAGUCAACCCACUGGUCUACACGUUGUUCAAUAAGACGUACCGCGCCGCGUUCCUGCGAUACGUUCGCUGCCAGUACCAGCCAGAGAAGAAACCUCUUCAGCUGAUACUGGUGAACACCAUCCCCCCACUGGCUUACAGCUCCACCCAGCUACCUUUGGGAGACAUCGGGAAGUUAGGCAAUGGAGUGGCGCACUGUAGCAGCGGAGCGAAGGAGUUCUCUUCUCCUGGGCAGGAGACGGAAAAAUCCAGGCAGGACAAAAGCCACGGAGACAAAGACGAGAGCUGUGUGUGAGACUCCAAUACAAAAUCCUGGUUAAAGGGCAAUCCAGUGCAAGCAAUUUCAGUUUCCCCCUCUGUGGUUACAGUGUACUCUGUAGGAAAGGGUCUGAGAUUUUAAGUGCCAAAGACAAUGUGCCUCAAAGUCAGAAGUUCAGAAAUACAGAGGUCACUGAAAAAGCAGAAGAAGCCUUUAAAUGCUCAACAUUUCCACAACAGUUUCCUCAGAUUCACACAGCUUCAUCAACAGAGUCUGGAUCAGGUGAACGAGGUCUGUGAUUGCUCCUCAAAAAUGUUGUAAACGAGCACGUGCAUCAUGGAUCAUCAUCCCCAUUUUCAGUCUCGCUGCUCUUUCAGAAUCUUUUGUACACUGCCACAAAAGACAAAAUUACUCUUGAAAACCAUAUCAAUUUAUUUUUUUUCACCAAACAAUCUUUGAACGCUAUCUUCCAGUCUGAGAGCCAAAUCAGAGAGAUGAAAAGACGGUACCGUCCGUGUGAAUGAUGUGAAACACAGUUGGGCACAUCCCAACAUAACAGUUCUAUUUUGUUACAACACUUUGGACAACAAGGGUGAAAAAGUCAGACAUUGUUAACAUAACUACAUUUUCCACGGAUGCUCAGCUGCUCUGACCUCAGCUGCCCCUUCUUUUUGCCAGCUCCUUGGCAUCGGUCAUGUGGUGUCUACCUUCCAUCAUACCUUUGGGUGGAUCAGUGGGGAUUAGACUGGAUUUCCUGCCACCUUAUCAGAUGAUAGUGGUGGGAGGAGGGAGAUCCAGGAUGAGCCUAAUACACCAGAACUCCAGACACUUGCAGAGGUCAGAUGAAGCUGCCAAAAAGGGAUGAAAAAAAACUUCUGCUGCUUCUGUAUUUUAUGUUGAAAACAACAACAGGAAGAAUAUGCCUGAGGCAGACAUUCACUAAUUAGAGAGAAUCCAUAAAUGAAUCUAUAUUUGUAUUUUGUGCACAUUUGUGAAUAAAUGUAUAUGACUGUUGAGGUUAAAUAGAUUUUAUUUGCAAAUGAGAGGAUGAUUACUGAAGCUGACAUGGUGCAGUAUGAGUACAGCAGAGUAGAAGACAUUUGAUUGGCAGGAAAAAGUGUAUUUAAGUGCAGUUGUAUCCACUGUAAAGGUCAUAGUUUAUAUUAUGUUCAAGCCAAACUAUCCGUGCACACUGGCAUUUUCAUGAUGACAUUUCCAAAAAAUAAUGCUCAUAUACUGUCCAGUGUUUUAUUUGGGGUUUUUUUUGCUAAUAUGAGGAGAGGGAUGUGAAUGGAGGAAAGUAGCUGAAUCAGUGCAUGAAGGUGAGCUUGUACCAUGGAUUUAUUGCCAGGAAAUAUUCGGAGCGGCAUUUCAGACUUGAAUUUGGUGGUCUCAGUGCCUGAGACUUGCAUGGGCUUGGUCUAAAAUUGUGAAAAUCACUGUCUGCACUAUGAAUGCACACACCAACCUUGUCUCACCCCUAGCUCAUCACAUAGUGAUGUUUGGUCAGGAGCACGUGGAUUCAGAUUUUGACACCCUGGAUAUCCCUUUAAUGUUGCUUUUACAAAGUGCCGUCUGGUAAGGUUUACCCGGAGUCCAUCAUGUAUGGAUCAGGCAAUGAUGAGCCUGAAGGCAAAAGUAAUCCUGUGGUCUUUAGUCCAUUUAAAUCCAACUAAAAAAUGGACAUAAGAGGAUACACCCAUUAUUAGAAUUAGAGCAGAAGAAGUUUCUGACCAAGCAUCACUAUGUAAGGAGUAAGGAAUCAAUUUAAGGUGCCCUGUGGAGUUGUGUUUAAAACAAACACCAGUUAUGUUCAGCAGUUCUUACCAAACCCACUCUGUUUAUGAGGUUGUUUCAAAGAGGUCAGAAUGACACAGUGUUAGCAGAACCCCAAUUUUCAGUUAGGUCCCAGUUAGGUUUCAGCAGGUCCCAAUGAGCCUCAGCAGCAGUCACUGUGAGAGCUAAAACAUUUCACCUACUGGUUACAAACCUAGAAUAUGUGAACUCCCACUGAUAGCACAGCCAUCAGUGUCAUAUUACAUGGUUAUGUAUUACUUUACCAUGAAUCUUUGCAGGGUACCUUUAAGUGAGUCACUGUCUUUUAAUACUGCACCCAACAUCCCACCAAAAGUUAA